UAGAGGCUGACAUCAUUCCUGCAACCAAACAAAAUAAAGAGAAAUCCGGCGAAAAAUGGAGGCCCUGGACAUUCUGGAGAAGCGCAUCGAUGCCCUGACGCGAGUACUGGGUCCCGUGCAGGACUCGGAGCCGGGUGAGGGCGUGGUCGACGCCCUGUGCUCCGCUCACGCCCUCCUGGGCGAAGCCACCACGGGCAGUGUUCCACUGCAGCAGUGUGUGAAGAGAUCGGGCGAGCUGGAGAAGUACCUGGACCCCAACUUCCUCGAGGAGCAGCAGCAGGUGCGCUCCAAGGAGGUCUACCUGCAUGCCGUGGCCCCCGAGCUGCACGCCCAGGCCGAGCAGCUGGAGAGGAUUAAGCAGCUGGAGCCGGCCCUGGGCGCGGAGUACUUCCGCAGCAUUCCCGCCGAGUGCCUGGAGCAGCUGAAGGGCAUCACCCAGAACAACGGCGAGUACGCCCAGCAGAGCGAGCUCAUCGAGGAGAGCCUCGUUUUGGCCAUGAAGCGCUACGGCGAGAUCCAGGCGGGCCUCCUCAGCUCCCUGGACGCGAUGAGCGACCGGCUGGACCAGGUGGAGGAGCGCAUGGAGCAGCGGAAGCGGGCCGAGCUCAACAAGGAUGUGCCGCCCAAGGAUUGAGCAAAGAUCGCUUUAAAGACUGCUGAAAGUAUUUUAUACGACCCGGUUUCCACGACCAAAUCAUAGUCAAGUCUGGAUUUGCGUAGUUUGCAUCUUUCAGUUCUUCAUAAAACUAUCAGCUCUUACUCUUAUAUACUAUGUAAGAUCCAGCAAGCUGCUAGUUAUAUUGAAUACUGUAACAUAAGCAAAUAGCAUUUGAUUGGAACUGGAAGUGGAAUCCGGAUAUUAGAUUUUCUAAUUGCUCCUUCUCUGUGGCUAAUGAUGCUCUUUCAAUUGUAAGUUUCCUUUUUUAAAGUUAUUUAAUAAUAGCACAAUAAAUUACAAAACUAAUCAAAUACAA